CUUAUUUGGUCUGUUUCAGCUUUUGAAACCGAAAAACACUUCUAAAAGCCGGACCAAACAUAUGUAUAGUAGAUUUCUUUCUCGAUAUAAGUAUAGGAUGAACAAAUAUAGUAGGUUUCCUUCUCGAUUUAAGCUAGAUUUCUUGUAUAGGAUGAAAAUUAAGCUCGUUUCAUCCAACAAGUGGUUUAGCUGAUUAUCAAUAUCUGCUUGUUGCUGCUCCAAGCGUCAGAAUUCAGAAACCCCAACACAUCCUGAGUUCCCGAUACAAAUUAAUCCGAAUUUCCUAUGCCCGUAUCAUCAAGAGAAUGACUAUUUCAGCUUAACGAUAGAAUAAUAACAUCCCUAACCUCUAAUGCCUUCGUGCACGAAUCCUCUCCUAACCUGGCAAGCAAUCAUAUAUUCCUAACCCUAACCGGCGAUCACUAAUACAGAAUUACUUAAUCUCAACCUGCUCACAUGAAGGAACCCAGAAACCAUUUUUCUAUAAUAACCCAGAAACUUGACAACCAAUCACAAUGUAACAGCAGUAGCAAAAAUCACUGAUUCAGAGAUUAAUCAAUGCAGCAGAAUCUUACCAAAUCCAUUUCUCUAAUGGGAUUUUCUAAGAUACGCCUACCAAUUCCAUUUUGAUUACAGUGCUUGGAAGAAGACAAGGAACCCUCCAUCUUCACAUAAAAUAGUUCAUCCAUCCACCCUGGAGUCAACGGGCAUCAUCACUUCCAGAUCCAUUUAUAUUGCUUAUAUAAUCCCCAGGCGCUUGCUCUGUUUUUCUCAUUCAUCACCAGAAACAAAAACAAUGGCGGCUCAUCAUCAUCAUCAUCAUCAGAAGCAGAUAGCCAUCAUCGGAGCAGGAAUCAGCGGCCUCCUCGCCUGCAAGUACGCCCUCUCCAAGGGCUUCAACCCAACAGUCUUCGAAUCCCAAAACGGCGUCGGAGGACUCUGGGCCAACACUCUGCCCACCACCAAGCUCCAAACCCCGAAAUCACUCUACCAAUUCUCCGACUUCCCGUGGCCGGAAUCCGUCGCCACCCAUUUCCCGACCCACGACCAAGUCCUUGAUUACCUCCAAUCCUACGCCGACCACUUCGAACUGACGCAGCACAUCAAAUUCAACACGAAAGUAAUCGGCAUUGAAUACAGGGGAGUUGCAGAGGAGGAAGUGGAGGCGUGGGCGCUCUGCGGCGGAAACGGCGACGUUUUCGGCUCCAGGGGAGGGAAAUGGGAAGUCGAAGUUCGUCGGAGCGAUGGGAGUGAAGAGACUGAAAUGUACGAGGCGGAUUUUGUGAUACUAUGCGUCGGGAAGUACAGCGGCGUGCCGAAUAUCCCCGAUUUUCCUCCUGGGAAAGGGCCUGAAGCUUUUAAGGGGAAGGUGAUUCAUUCGACUCUGUAUUCUGGUUUGGAGGCAGGGGAAAGUGAAAAGCUUGUAAAAGGGAAGAGAGUUGCUGUCGUUGGUUUCCGGAAACAUGCUAUGGAUAUCGCCAUGGAAUGCUCUGGAAUCAACGGGAAGGGAAAUCCGUGCAGGGUGUUGUACAGAACAGAGCGAUGGAGUUUCCCUGAUUGGUUCCCACCAUUCCCAUGCCUGUACCUCAGUCGAUUUUCGGAGCUUUUGAUUCACAAGCCUGGAGAAGGGCUCUUGCUCAGCCUUCUUGCCACAAUUCUGUCCCCAAUCAGAUGGGGGAUCUCCAAGUUCGUGGAAAGGGAAAUCAAGCGCAAGCAUCCAUUGGAGAAACACGGGCUGGUUCCGAAGCAGAGCUUUCUCCAGGAUGAAGGGAUCGAAUUCGAAGGUGGUGAUAAGGAUGAGAACCACCACCAGCAGCAGCAGCCGCCGCCAUUGGAAGCCGACCUGGUGAUACUGGCCACAGGUUUCAAAGGCGAGAAGAAGCUCCAGGACAUUUUUGGAUCGAAACGUUUCCGCGAAAUCAUCGUCGGCCCUCCAAACGCUACCGUUCCACUUUACAGGCAAUGCAUUCCUCCGAGAAUCCCGCAAUUGGCGGUGCUGGGGCACUCGGAGAGCAUCGCGAACCUGUACACGUCGGAGAUGAGGAGCCGGUGGCUGGCGGAGCUUCUCGACGGGAAGUUUAGGCUGCCGGCGAUCGAGAAGAUGGAAGCUGAUGCGGCAAAUUGGGAUGUGUUUUUCAAGGAAUACGCCGGCGAGUCCUAUCACAGGUCAUCCAUUGCCACCGUCCAUGUAUGGUACAACGAUCAGCUGUGCAAGGACAUGGGCUGGAACCCGAGGAGGAAGAAUGGGCUUUGGGCCGAACUGUUCGAGCCUUAUGGCCCAACCGACUACGUUUCUCCUUGAUCAUGUAUUCAUGUUCCAAACGUACAAAUUUGGGUCUUGGGUUUAAUUUAUUUUCUCAUUAAACAGUUGAUUAGUUGCUUUUUCCCCUACAAAUAGCAUGUGAUAAUGAGUUGACUUGUCUCGUCACGUACCAUCACAUGUGUUACCCAACUUGGCCCGCUCUGAAUAUUGGAAAAGUAUGGAUAUUGAUGUACUUGUGUCGCCUGGCCUCAUCGUCAUCACAAGUGACAAUCACCAAUCAAUUUUAAUAUUCGUUCUUGAAUACUUUAGUAGGAGCAAUUCGAUGAUGCACUAUAUGAUUAUUUGACAUGUCAACCACUUCAACAUAGUUAAUGGAGAAGUUAACAGAUGAUUAUUACAGUUGUCUGUCAUCUUUAAAACUAUUGGCUAUUUUAUAACAUUUUGAAUAUAUUACUUUAGUUAUU